UUAUAGACUUUGCCAAGAUCAAAGAUGGCGGAGGUAGGUUCUCUCCCUAAAGUAAUCAUGUGACCCAAGCGCUGUCACAGCCACAAGUGUCGGAAACCCCGCCCCGGAUUGGGCACGUGACCCAGUGGAGGCCCGGGGCACCCAGAGCACAGCCAGGACGCCCUGGGGCUCUUUCUGCGUUUUGCCAUGAGCGUUCAGGCAUUUCGGCUGGUGUGUGCAUCUGGUAGGGAGGAGCUUCCGACAGGGGUUCAAAUUGAGUGCUUGGAGUGUAGUGGUCAUGAUCUGUACCUGGGUACCACUGACUGCUUUGUAUUCCAUUUGUUGUUGGUGGAAGAGAACAGCAUUGAUCCAGCUGGACUGUCCCUUAUCCAGCAGACAGAUCAUCCCAACACAAGUUUCACCAUCACUCGACAAGGUCAAAAACAACUUGGUUUGAAGAAGCCAGUGUGUGAAUUGAGGGCUGCUUCUGCCCUGGAUCGUCUGCUAGUGCUGUGUGAUAACACGAUCAUAUUACUGUGCAGUGAUACUCUUGAGCCCGUCCCUGGAACAAAGAUCCGAGGAGCUGUUAGCUUCACCCUCAAUGAGAAUCCAGUGAGUGGGGAUGCCUUCAGCGUGGAGGUUUGUCUGAUCUCCUCCAAGAGGCGCACAGUACAGAUCUUCAGUGUGGGUCAAGAGAAGGUACAACUGCUUAGGGAGGUUGCCACUCCAGAGCAGUCUUGUGCUAUAGCAGCUGAUGGUCACUUCCUUUGCUUGGCACUCAGCAGUCGUUACGUUACCCUUAACUAUAACACGGGACACUGCCAGGAUCUCUUUCCAUACCCCAGUGAACAGAAGAGGCCAAUUAUAAAACGCAUCUGCAGAGAGGAGUUCCUACUGGCCGGUCCAGGUGGAUUAGGCAUGUUUGCUACAGUAGCAGGAAUCUCCCAGCGUGCGCCUGUCCGCUGGUCAGAGAAUGUAAUUGGAGCGGCUGUCUCUUUUCCAUACGUCCUGGCUCUCGACGAAGAGUUCAUCACGGUGCACAGUAUAUUAGACCAGAAGCAGAAGCAGACGCUGCCCCUCAAAGAUGGCGUCAUCCUGCAGGAUUUUGAAGGAAGGGUGAUCGUAGCAACUAAUAGUUGGGUGUACAUUUUAAUUCCCUUGCCUUUGGAAAAACAGAUACAGGACCUCCUAUCAAGCCAGAGAGUAGAAGAAGCUUUGGUGUUGGCCAAAGGGGCUCGGCAGAACAUUCCAAAAGAAAAAUUCCAGGUUAUGUACAGAAGAAUCCUGCAGCAGGCUGGAUUUAUACAGUUUGCACAGCAACAGUUUCUAGAAGCAAAGGAGUUAUUCCGGAGCAGCCACCUUGAUAUCCGGGAACUAAUAUCGCUUUACCCUCUCCUGCUGCCUUCUUCGUCUUCAUUUAUCCGCACGCACCCACCGCUCCAUGAGUAUGCAGACCUCAACCAGCUUACUAGAGGAGACCAGGAGAAAGUAACCAAAUGCAAGCGCUUCCUCAUGAGCUACCUAAGUGAGAUCCGCAGCACGGAGGUGGCCAAUGGAUACCAGGAAGAUGUCGACACUGCAUUGUUAAAGCUGUAUGCGGAGGCCGACCAUGAGAGCCUCCUGGAUCUGCUAGUAUCAGACAAUGCUUGUGAACUGAUAGACAGUGCUGCCUGGUUGGAAAAGUACAACAAAUAUUUUGCUCUUGGGCUCUUAUAUCACUAUAACAAGCAGGAUGCUGCUGCACUUCAGAUAUGGGUUAGAAUUGUGAACGGUGAAGUGGAAGACAACACGCGCCCAGAUCUCUUUGAAUACAUCGUGGAUUUCCUGACUUUUUCAAAGGACCCGCAGCUGGUGUGGCAAUAUGCAGACUGGGUUUUACAGAAAAGUGAGCAGGUUGGUGUUCAAAUUUUUACCAAAAGGUCAUCAGAGGAAGAGCAUCAGAAUAGCUUCAGUCCAGAUAAAAUUGCAACAUAUCUGUGCAAGUAUCGACAUGCCUUGAUCAUGUACUUGGAACAUUUGGUCUUGGAGAAGAGAAUACAGAAGGAAAAGUAUCACACGCACCUGGCUGUCCUUUACGUAGAAGAAGUUCUGAGCCUUAAGUCGACGGACCCUUCAGAGCAGGCAGAGCUGGAGCAGCUGCGCACGAGACUUCAGAUCCUCCUGCGGCAAUCAAGCCUCUACAGGGUUCUCCUGCUAAUAGACAAAAUCAAAGGGACGGAUCUGCACUUGGAACGGGCUAUAUUGCAUGGAAAACUGGAAGAGCAUGAACAGGCUUUGGAGAUACUGGUUCAUCAUCUGAAAGACUUUGCUGCCGCUGAAAGCUAUUGUGUUUGGAACUCACAGGGCAAGGACAAACCCUAUCGCCAACACCUCUUCCAGCUCCUUCUGUCCAGCUACCUCAGUCCUCCCUCUCUAGACAAUUCACUUCUAGUGGCUGCUGUUGAUCUAUUAAAUAAUCACCCUACAGAAUUUGAUGCUGUCAACAUUCUGCGUUUACUGCCAGAAAACUGGUCGGUGCAGCUACUGUGUCCGUUCUUGGCCGGGGCCAUGAGAGAGCAUAUUCAUGCCAUAAGGAUGUCUCAGAUAGCCGUAGGGCUCGCAAGAGCAGAAAAUAUCAUUUACAAACAGCAAAAGCUAAGUAUGAAGGAAAAGCCUGUGGUUCUUUCCGAGAAGAAGUUCUGCCACGUGUGUCGAAAUCCCUUCCAAGAGCCGGUGUUUGUCAAAACCCCUGAUUGCCAUAUUAUGCAUACACAUUGUGCAACGAAUCAGCACGCGAACAGUAGCCUUUCUGGUCACCUGCCCAAUCCUAGCAAACGAACAUGAAAUAAGGUUCUGGACCCAACGGUGCCUGCAUUAUCUCUCUGUGACCAGGUGUACAUCCAUCUGAGGUGGAUGCUAAGGGGUUUGAUGGCCCUAGUUCAGUUUAAUGUAAAAACUGCAAUUAUCAGUGGAUGUGAGGUCAUGAUCGGUUGCUUCGUAGAACAUUCACUCUGAAACUGCCACAAUGAAGAUUAACCGGGUGAUUGUAAGACGAACGCAGUUCCUUCCGUGAUUGCAAAGCAUCUUCUCCGGUGGUAACAUACAAGUGGGGAACGGAGCUUUUUGCAUUUUUUAAAAGAUAUUUGCACUGAUGCUCUUUUUCAUAUAAUGUGACGGGGCAAUGCAAGAAGCAUAUUCAUGUUCUGAAUACAAAUAUAGGAGUCACAGUCUGGUUUGGGGAUGAGUGACAGAUGUCAUGGAGACCCUUCUCUCUUGGUCUAACAAAUCAUGAAUGAUUCAAUGUCAAUGUUUUCCUGAGUAGAUUGAGCUGUGUUAAUACACUGUAUGUGAUCAGAAGCUCUACUUAUUGUAGUAACUUUAUACCAAGGAACAAUUAUUCGUCUUUAUACUCUCGUGGACUAUACCUUUAGCACUAUUUUUUUCCACCAGAAAAAAUGAGCAGACAUUUAAUGUAUCUUAUUCCCUUUUCACUCAUACAACACGAUAAAUUAGUAUUAUAUUAUGACCAGAUCUUACGAAAACAUGAUUUCAGGCUAUUAAUGACGUUCUUCUGUUUUAAUUUUUUUCCCUCAUUCAUGCCACUUUUCUGUCUUUAAUGUGAAGUAAAACAGUUUAUUCCA